AAUGCUUAGUCAACGUGGUCAACGCGUCAGUCAUGUCGAUGGUUCGUUGAGCUAAUUAACGGAGCGCGGGAGAGUAAGAAGCGGGAGAAAACGACGGAAGCUCCCGCCAUCAAUAGAGGAGACGAAGAAGUGCUUCUCCUUCCUCCCUCUCUCCCUCUCCCUUCCAAGAGAGAGAGAGAGAGAGAGAGGGGAAGGGAGGAGGAACCGAAGGAGCGGAACGAGGCAGCAGAUGGGGAACUGCUGCUCCGCCCAAUUAUCCAAAGCAGCCUUCCAAAAGUCCGGCGAUCUCCGUUGCCUCUCGGCCAUCUCCAUCUACGAGUAUGACAAAAACGGCGUCUACCACACCCGCUCGUCCAUCUCCUCCGAGUUCCGCCCUCCGAUCUCCGUCCUCGACGAGCCCAAGCCCCGCGGCGACCUCCUCCGGCGGUACCACCUGGGGGAGGAGCUCGGCCGCGGCGAGUUCGGCGUGACGCGGCGCUGCACGGACGCGGCCACGGGGGAGGCGCUCGCCUGCAAGUCCAUCGCGAAGCAGAGGCUGCGGAGCAGCGUCGACGUGGAGGACGUCCGGCGCGAGGUGCAGAUCAUGCGUGGCCUGCCGGAGCACCCCAACGUGGUCCGGCUGCGGGACGUGUUCGAGGACCACGAGGCCGUGCACCUCGUCAUGGAGAUCUGCGAGGGCGGCGAGCUCUUCGACCAGAUCGUGGGCAGAGGGCACUACACCGAGCGGGCCGCGGCCACCGUCAUGCGCACCAUCAUGGAGGUCGUUCAGCAUUGCCAUACGAAUGGGGUAAUUCAUCGUGACUUGAAGCCGGAGAACUUCCUCUUUGCAGAUUCUUCAGAAACUUCUCCUCUGAAAGUUAUUGACUUUGGCCUCUCUGUAGACUUCAAGCCUGGUUCAGGUGAGAUCUUCAGUGAAAUUGUUGGAAGUCCAUACUACAUGGCCCCAGAAAUCUUGAAGAGAUACUAUGGACAAGAAGUGGACAUAUGGAGUGCUGGAGUUAUUCUCUACAUAUUACUUUGUGGAGUCCCUCCCUUUUGGGCAGAGACUGAUGAAGGAAUUGCAAAGGCAAUUAUUAGAUCAGUUAUUGAUUUUGAAAGGGAGCCAUGGCCUAAAAUAUCGGAGAAUGCAAAGGAUCUUGUGAGAUGCAUGCUCGAUCCCAAUCCCCAUACUCGGUUCACGGCUCAGAAAGUUCUUGAACACCCUUGGCUGCAGAAUACUAGUACAGUUCCCAACAUUCCACUUGGCGAAGCUGUCAGAUCAAGGCUUAAGCAGUAUUCAGUCAUGAACAAGUUUAAGAAGAAAGCCAUGCUGGUGGUCACUGAACACCUGCCUGUGGAAGAGAUAGCUGCCAUCAAGCAGAUGUUCCACACGAUGGAUACUGAGCAGAAUGGGACCUUGACAUUGGAGGCACUCAAGAAGGGCCUCGACUUAAUUGGUUACCGAAUCCAAGAUUUAGAUGUCCAGAUGUUGAUGGAAGCAGCAGAUAUUGAUGGAAAUGGUACAGUGAAUUGCGAGGAGUUCGUUACCGUCACUGUUCACCUGAAAAGGAUUGAUAGUGAGGAGCACCUUCCAAAAGCCUUCAACUAUUUCGACAAGAACCAGAGUGGAUACAUCGAGAUUGAUGAGCUGAGAGAAGCCAUAGGAGGACUUGAACUGAGUGAGCAAGUGAUCUUGGAUAUCAUCUCAGACGUCGACAAGGACAAGGAUGGCCGUAUAAGCUAUGAAGAAUUUGAGAUGAUGAUGAAGGCUGGAACAGAUUGGAGGAAUGGCUCACGACAGUACUCGCGAGCAAUGUUCAACAGCCUCAGUCACAAGAUGUUCAAAGAUGGAUCUUUGAAGGAACACACAUGAGGUCACCUGCAUGGAUCAUGAUAAGUAGAACUUGCCAAGUCUCUGACCAAUCUUUUGUCUUCUUCUUCUUCUUCUUCCCAUUUUGUCCAUUACCACACUUCGGAUGCUUACAGUAUCCUCAUAGAUUGAGCCUAGUGAAUUAACUCAUUUCUAAUGGAGAUGGCUUAUCGGAAACUGUACGACCGUGAGACCACAAGAAUCUUCUUCUCACAUUCAUCUGUAAUUGAAAACAAAAU